GUCGCUGUUCAGUGCACCUCCGGCGUUGUAAGCGUUGAGAGAGCAUCGACACUAGGCGUUUGCGAGCUGGCAGCCCGACCGUGUUGAAAGUUUAACGAACUUUGACGGGAAAGAAAAUAAGUAAUUGGAAAAUAUCCGCGAUCAAAUGUGGUUUGUGCUGUUCCUCUAAAGCAUCUGUCUAAGUAACCAUGCCAGUUGGUGGACGCGUUGCCGGCAAAGUCAGUGGAAUUGUCUCGAACAACUACAACGGACGUUCCUAUCAGGGCAUCAACGAGGAAAUAAUAUGGGUCAGUAUAGGGAUGGGCAUCGCCAUCGCCGUCCUGAUCACGGUGGCCCUUUGUUACAUAAUGAGGGAGAAAUGCGUUCAAAGGAGGGAGUACUAUAUCACCGCAUGAACCGUGGUGCCCGUCUGAGUAGAUAAAAAUGGAGCGGGAUUCUGUAUCGGACACCUUUGUUUCGCAGACCAACCCGGCGAUUUUAUUGGAUUUGGUUUACUGCCGAAAUUUACUAAAUGUUCGAUAAUUUUUUUUAUCGCAAAUACAUUAAUUUCACAAUAAAAUGAUGAAUUAAUCCAAGGAACACCUAAAAAAUGGCUUUUCUCUUAAUCUAAAUAAACGAUGAUGUCACAUGCCAGUAAGCGAGUGUCACAGCUUCCUUGUGGUUUUACGAUUCUUAAACUAAUCAUCUGUGAUAAAAAUAACAACUGUUUUAAUAACAUAAACAAACAGGACAGAACAAUCCUUUCAAUGAAUGGAGCAACAUUCCUAACUUUAAAAUAAUAAUAAUAAUUUGUAUGGACAAGGUGCAAGAAUUUUUUCCGGAUUUUUUUUUGUAGUCAUGAAUAACAAAAACACUAGCAUAACUUUCUUCCGAAAUUUGAGGUUUGACGUUUGUGCACUGUCCUGUGACGUCACGUUUAUUCGGAUUUGUCAUUUUAAGCGAAAUUAAGAAUCCCGGGUGCACAACGAACAAUGUGAUGUUUUUGCCAUUGAUUUUAAGAAAGCACAAUUGGUUUAUAACUUUCCAUAAUGAGUGUGUGUAGACUAAUUUGUAAUGUCGUCUUUUAAAGUGUUUCCGAUCAAUCUUGUAUAUUGUGUUUGGUUUCGCUAAAGCAGAAUACCAAUGACAUUACAUAGAUCCAAAGACGACCAGACAAGUAAGUGAUGAUUUAAUGGGACUAUUUUAUAUUGAAAUAAUCUAGUUCUACAUAGCCUUAGGGGAUUUUAAGAGAAAAACUAGUUUUUAAAUUAGACAUUACAUUUUC